AUGGCUCAGAAGCUAGUUGUCUUCGACGACUUUAUGGGAUUGGCGGUGUUUCUCUUAAAUAGCAUCGGAGUGGUUCCCUAUGAAAAAAAAGGCAGCAGUACAUCAUUCAAAGUUUGGAUCUACGUAAGCUUUGUGCUUAACUUGGCAAAUCUGAGCUUCGGAAUCUGGAACGCCAUCGUCUUUAUUGCAAGAAAGUUGAAGCAAAAUGAGGAAUUUUUCGAGUCUAUUAUGGUGAUGUCAUAUUUGGGAUUUGCAGUUGGCGCACAGUGUCAAAUUGUUUCCCUUUGGUGGAACAAAAAAAAGUUAACGAGUCUUGUGAAUCAACUGCAAUCCAUGUUCCCUUCAAGGGAGAGCGAUCAGCAACUGUACCGGGCUCGAGUAUAUUCUGAUCGUGCUGGUCUGAUCACUAAAACCUAUAGUGCCUUGCAUGUUAUUGUAAUUCAAAUCUAUUCCCUCUGGGACAUUGCAUUCUACUUAUUGAAUUGGCCUAAUGGCACGCGAUCAUUGCCGUUUGCCCCAGAUGUACCUUGGGUCUGGCAGGAUAACUGGACAUUUUACCUGAUAUACUUUAUGGAAGCCUUUCAAGGCUACUCAGCCGUCUUGGGACACAUGUCAAAUAACCUACUUAUCUUCAACAUCGCUACGCAGCUGAUCAUGCACUUUGAUUAUAUGGCCGAAAGCAUUGAGAAAUAUAAGCCGCAGGCGCACCUUUCGAAAGACGGUUACGCCAAAGAUUUGAAGCAACUUCAGAGCUGGCUUAUCUAUCACAAUAAGAUGUUCAGGUUGGCGGAUCAAAUGAAUGAAGUUUUUGGUGUACCACUCCUGCUGACAUUUUUUGCGUCAUCGGGUGGUAUGUGCUUUUUGGGAUUUGAGAUAACUAUCGGCAUAAGUCCCGAGUUGAUGGUAAAGGUCGCAGUCUUCUUGGCGACAAUUGUGAUAAAUAUAUUUUUGCUAUGUGUCUUUAGUCAGCAGUUGAUUGACGCAAGCACCAAGAUUUCCGAGGCGGUAUACAACAUGGACUGGCCGGCUGCUGAUGUUCGUUAUCAGAAGAUGCUCGUAGUUAUGGCUCAGCGAGCGCAGCAGCCCGUAAGCCUAAGGGCCACCAUAUUUGUGGCUGUAUCUAUGAGCACCAUGACCGAUUUUAUGCAACUAUCAUAUAAAUUUCUCGCUCUCCUCCGCACCAUGUACAAUUGA